AUCACAAAAAGAAAGGAAUAACCAUUGCACCCCAAAACCCAGCUGCUAAGGGCGAGCAAUGGACCAUGCAACAGGUGCCCUUGGCAGCCUGAUCCCCAAGCUCGGCGAACUCCUCAAGGAGGAGUACAAACUGCAGAGUAGCGUCAAGAAAGAUGUCAAACAUCUGGAGAAGGGGCUGGAGAGCAUGCACGCUGCCCUCCGCAAGGUCGGGGACGUGCCACGGGACCAGCUCGACGAGCUAGUCAAGCUCUGGGCUAACGAGGUGAGAGACCUUUCAUACAGGAUAGAGGAUAUCAUCGACAAGUUCCUGGUGCAUGUCGAGGGCCCUGAACCUGAAGACAAGCCGCACAUGCUCAAACAACUCAUGAUGAAGAUGGGCGGCUUGCUCACCAAGUUCAUGAAGCGCCAUGCCAUCGGCGACGAGAUCAAAAGUAUCAAGGUCAGUGUUCAGGAAGCAGCUGACUGGCGUGACCGGUACAGGGUCCAUGAGGUGGUUGCUAAUCCAAAUGUUGCAACCACGGCCGACCCUCGCCUGUUGGCUCUGUACAAGGACCAAAAAGAGCUCGUUGGCAUUGAUGAUUCAUUGAAUGAGGUAACCAAGAUGCUGAGUGACGGGGAUGGUGAUGUGUCCAAGCAACUAAAGACAAUCUCUAUUUUUGGAUUCGGAGGCCUUGGCAAGACAACUCUUGCCAAAGCAGUAUAUAAUAAGCUCAAAACACAGUUCAAUUGCAGUGCUUUUGUUCCGGUAGGACGCCAACCUAGCGUGAAGAAACUUCUCAACGACAUUCUCUAUGGAAUUGGCAAGAAAAUGUACCCUGGUUUGGAUGAAAGGCAGCUGAUUGAUGAAAUCCGAGUAUUACUUGAGAAAAAGAGGUACUUAGUCGUCAUUGAUGAUAUAUGGGAUAAAAAUAGUUGGGAACUAGUCAAGACCGCUUUGGUGUGUAAUAAUUGUGGAAGCAGGAUCAUCACAACUACUCGUAUACUUGAAGUUGCCACAAGAACUGGUAAAGUAUACAGGCUACAACCACUUUCUCGUGAUUUAUCGGAGGAUUUAUUUCAUAGAAGAUUAUUUGGGGGUAAAAUAAAUCAGCCUAAUCAUCUACUGUCAGAGAUAUACAAUAAAAUUUUACAUAAAUGUGGUGGUGUACCAUUGGCUAUAAUCACAAUAGCUAGUUUGCUUGCCAGUAAACCGGUGGAGCUUUGGUCUAAGGUAUACACAUCAAUCGGUUUUGGGCAUGAAGAGAAUGAAGACGUGGAAAACACAAGAAAAAUACUUUUAUUUAGCUAUUAUGAUCUUCCUUGUCACCUAAAGACUUGCUUAUUGUAUCUGAGCAUAUAUCCUGAAGAUCAUCUGAUUGGGAAAGAUAGUUUGAUAUGGAAAUGGGUCGCUGAAGGUUUUAUCCACGAGGAACCAGGGUUAAGACUAUUUGAGAUUGGUGAAAGGUACUUCAAUGAGUUGGUGAACAAAAGCAUGAUAAUGCCGGUAGAAACACCUUAUCAUGGAAUCAUAACUGGUUGUCGUGUCCAUGACAUAAUGCUUGAUAUGAUAUGCCUAUUGUCAAAGGAAGAAAACUUUGUUACUGUAUUGGAUAGUGACGAGCAAUAUACAACUUCACAUUGCAACUCUCGUAGGCUAGUUGUUCAUCGUAGGGUCAGACCUCUGGCUAGCACAUCUACAUUACAAGCAAGGUCACUUAAUGCAAUUUGCAGUUAUGAGAUGUUGCCAUCACUUUCAUGCUUUGAAGUUUUGCGUGUCCUAGCUUUGGAUGGCCCCACUGAUUCACACAAUCCUAAUUAUCUUGAGCAUGUUGGGAAGUUAGUUCACUUGAGGUACCUGAAAUUAGCGAGCAUGGGUAUGCAUGAGCUCCCAAAGGAAAUAGGAUAUCUAAAGUUCCUGAUGGUAUUGGACUUGGCUGGGAAAAGCAAAAGUAAACUUCCAGAGAGUAUUCAUCUACUAAGUCAACUCAAGUGCUUGAACAUCAGCGAAACAAAGAUUGAAGUGCCGUAUUGGAUCGGAGAUUUGACAUGUCUAGAAGAGCUAUGCCUAGCAGAAGUUGGUAUUCACUCAAACUUUUUGACAGAACUGGGUAAGCUGACAGAGUUGAGGAAGCUCCGCAUUUCUAAAAGUGUGACUGUAGGUGGUAAUAUCGCAAUGAAUAGUUGGGCGGAGUCUGUAGCCAAACUGAGCAAGAUCCAAGUCAUAGACAUUGAUUUUAUUCUCGUGUACAGAUUCUCCAGUCAUGUCGACAACCCCUGGGAACGAAACAUCCUCCUUCCACAACUCCGUGUGCUGCGCAUGGCCUAUCAAGAACCCGGGCUGGUGGCAACCAUUAAUCCCUCGCUUCUUCCCAAUCUCUCCCAUUUACAACUAAAUGUAUACAGUCCAGACCUGGAGGUCUUUGGAAGUUUCCGAGAGCUUGUUUCCCUUGAGUUGGUCACAUGGUCAGCUCUCCACCAUGACACCAUCGGCGGUGUAGGUGCAUUCCCCAAGCUGAGGGUCUUCAAGACACAAGCAACGACUUGUUCGUUUCAAGAGGGAGAUAUGCCGGUCCUUGAAUCUCUUGAGUUCCAAGCCGUAGCACAGUCCAAUGAUGAUGGCAUUAGCAUUGACUUCGACUUUGGUAGCCUAGGGAACCUCCCUUUCCUUCAGGAAGUCAGAGUCUAUUUAUGGGCUCCACUUGCAGAUUACAAGAAUGCUAAGGAAAUAGCAAAGCGUGCAAUUGAUGUGCUUCCCAACUGCCUUAGGCAUGAUAUCACGCAACAGGAUAUGAGGGAUUGGAGUCGGAGAUUCCCAAACUGAUGUGUUUCCCAAUCACAUUUUCCAGCUAGCCGUAUAUCUCCACCUACCGGAAUCAAGGUUGGAAGCAUUACCAAAUCAGCCACGGAGAAAGAGAAGAUAGCUAAUAUCUUUGCAUAGCCGGUCCCAAGCCCGGAAGAAGGAGGAGGGGCCAAGCAUAAACUUGUGAAAUGUCAAACCAUUAAUGCUCUUAGAGUUUAUUGUCUCAUUUAUUUGUAGGUUUUGCUUUUUGUUUUUCUUCAUUUUCUUGUUCAAGUAUAUACCAUCGUGGUUGGCCAUAUAUAGCUUCCCCCAUUUUCUUGUUCAUGUAUGUAACUUUAUACUUCAAAAUAUGGUGGUUCAUGUUUGGCUAA